AUGAAGAAUUGGGUAGAAACAAAGGCCUCGCCAGCGACAGAGGGACUUCAAACCCCUGGGAACAUCAACGCGUCACCGCUACCUCUGCCGCCCGCCGUUGUAGCUCAUUACAGAAAACGUCUUUUCUGCUGGGCAGUUCGAUACUGUAUAAUCGUCAUCAUCGUUUUUAUCGCACUUCUCAUUCCCCUCGUUACAUUGAGCAACGACGCAGACUUCGCCGAAGACUCCACGUCACAGGCAAUUCAGGACAAACAGUAUCGCAACCUAGUCUACUACAUUAGCUUAUGGUUAGAGGUCACAUGGGUGGCAGCCGUUAUCUUCGACUGCCUGGGACUCGGCUUGCCAUACAUUUUUAGGUUUAUUGCAAGAUACAUCAAUUCUUCUCAUCAGAGGUACUGGAGAAUCUUGAAGUUCAUGCGUCGCCCGAUUUGCUUUCUAGGUACCACAAUUGUGACCUUUAUCUUCUUUGCCGCUUGCAUCAAUACAAACGAACUCCUUGCUGUAAACGUCAACAAGGAUCCGAACACAUUUGCUUGGGAUGAUGUCGUGGCUGACAUCUUAGAGCAAGCUACCCUUUGGGUGGCCUUCUAUUUUGUCGAGAAACUAUUGAUAUCCUACAUCUCCGUGCACUACCAUUAUCGAGCAAAUCACUCCAAGCUUACUCGCACGAAAGACAUCCAGAAUGCCCUUAUUACACUUUUCGACGCAUCAACAUAUCUUCACCCCGUCCACUGCGGCACUUUUGAUGAGGAGGACAUGGUCAUCCGCAAUGCCAACGGCGGGAGCCAUAAGCAACAGCGAACGAGGGUUUCAAGCUACCUUGCCCGACUAGGUCUUGACGGUUACAAGCUUGUUGGACUAUUUGGAAACUUCAUUUCCGACGAUCCCAAUGCCCAUUGGAUGCGUCCAGCGAGUACUUACGCUAUUAUAGAGCGUGCUUGGGGAAACCAAGACUCGGCGUCUGCACUUGCAAGGCGCAUCUGGUUUUCCUGUGUCGCUCAAGAUAAGUCGAGCCUCACUCUGAACGACAUCAAGGAAAUCCUUGGCCCUCAUCGUGCACCGGAAGCCACCAAAAUCUUCACCACCCUAACCGAAGGUCAAAGUCAUGAUAUCCGCCUCGAAGAGUUUACCGCGAUCACCCUAGAAGCUGGAAAAACGCGACAGGACAUCUACCGAAAUAUCAAUAACAUGGACCACUGCAUUAACACGUUCGAUUGGUUCUGUCUCUUCAUAAUCGCCGCGGUCAUGAUCUUUUUCAUUAUGAUCGCGUACGUACCGGCGAUGAAGGAAAUUCAGAGUGUCCUAUCUUCCUUGGCUAUCGGUCUCUCGUUCGCUGUUGGUCGGACAUUCCACCACCUUCUCGUGGGCAUUGUCUUUGUUUUCUUCGACCACCCGUACGACAUCGGCGACGUCAUCAAUGUCAGUAACGCUGGUGCAACUACAGGCGUUGCUUGUGUAGUCAAACGCCAGUCUCUUCUUUACACAGUUUUCAGACGACUUGACAACAACUGCGAUUUGCAAAUUUCUAAUGAACAGCUCACUCAAAAGCGAGUAGAGAACUACACCAGGUCCGGCAUAAAUCGUCAAGGCCUCUCCUUAUUCGUAGAUUUCAGGACCAGUUUUGCGGAUAUCAUGCGGCUUCGAGGCAGGCUGGAAGAGUUUCUUGCCCAAAACUCUAGAGACUAUGUCCCAGAGACACUAGGUUUGAACGUUGCAAGUCUCCAUGAGCUCAACAAAAUGGAGCUCAGAAUUGCCUUCACCCAUCGGAAUAAUUGGUCAGACGAUAAACUCCGCUCUCAGCGGAGUAACAGAUUUCACUGCGCCUUGGUAUCGGCCUGCCGCUCUAUACCUCUUUACAAACCAGGUGGCAUGUCUCCAUCUGCUGGCGAGAACGGGAACCCUAUGUACACCGUCCAGUUGGAUACUUCUAAUGAGCUCCAAGAGAAUAUCAAGAAAGAACAGGCUCGUCGACAUGGUCUACGAUGGGAUUACGUUGACCAGGAUGCGAGUCAAGUCAAAGCCGGAGAGCAUUCCAACGAUACUCGGGACUUGGGGAGUGGGGAGAAAACCAAAACAGCCAAAGCCAAAGAACAGGAGGCUUUUCUGCGGUUGGCAAGGCUUCCCAUUGGGAAUGAAGAAAUAGGUGCCAGCACCAGUGUAGAUUUACCGGGUUCUGUGACAGGCUUGCGCCAGUCGAGCAGGCCUUUGGUCUGA